GUUAUCUUGGAAAAUAAUACUAAAAACUCAAUAAAAUUUGAUCUACACUACCAGUGCAACAGCUUCGUUGAUCUAGUUUUGUUAUGUUGCAUCACACUAGCAGUAAAGACAGAGUGUCUUGGCUGGCUGAUUCAAGGUUAUGGUUAUGUCGUGUCUGUACUACAGUGCAGUGGGGUUUGUUGGCACUGUAGCAGCAGGGCUACUCAUCACACUGCUGACAGGGCUGUCAGAUGCCCAGGAGGUAAAGCCAGGACUGACUCGAUCUAUUAGGGAUGUCAUCUGCUUCUGCUCUGAAAGAUACACACAUGUUGACCUCAGUCAGGACAAAGAGGAUUUGGGAGACUUUGGCAAGGCAUGGGAGAAACAUCCAGACCAGGAAAGGGCCGUAAAAAUGGGGGAGAAGGGGCCUGAGGAGGACAGAUGCAUUGGCUGGGUUCGGGAUGGAUCAUGGACUUCCUAACUUCUUACAGUAUAUACUGCAUACAAUUUAAAAAUAAGUGAAGAGUAUACAUUAUACAACAAUAAACAUUUCAAAAAGUAUGCCACAUUGUUAUCACGACUUCAUUAUGUUGCAUCCAGUUAUCAUCUUGCAUAUGAUAAUUUGGCAUUUUUAAUCCAAUUUGAUGUAAAAUGUCUAAACUUUCCACACAGUGUGCUCUGGUUACAUACUGCACAUUGUGGAAAUAUAAUGGUCACUUGGGUAUUCUGUGCAUACAGACAAAUCACAUAUUGCACUCAGUAUUUCAUACUGCCAAAAUAGUAUGAGUAGAAAUGGUAGUAUGCUAUUCUGAACAUUGCCAUUGCCUUGGGUUUUUAAAGACUGUGAAAAAUGAGAUACAUGCAGGAAGCACUCAUUUCAUCAGGUAAACAAAACAAACACACACACACACACACACACACACAUACAUACAUACACGCAAAAACACAAUUGUAAAUGUACAUAUCUAAACGUGUACACAUGCCCAAAGAAAACUAAACAUACAUAAAAUUCAACAUUUUUAUCAAGUAAAACUAAAUAGCAAAAUGUUAUAUAAGAUAAUUUUCUUACAUGUACAUUGCCUCAAUGCUAAUUCUGUUAUCACACCCAUGCCCUAUGCUUUAACUGUAUGGGCGAUCUUAGUUUGAUUAAUAUGGCCUGUGAUGUUUAAUGUUCUAUUUGGCUAUGUUCGGAAUACUAGUGUAAUGCAUACUGCACAAUAUAUACUGUACACUCACUGAGCACUUUAUUAGGAACAUCUGUAAGCCUACUUAUUCAAGCAAUUAUCUAAUCAGUCAAUCAUGUGGCAGCAGUGCAAUGCAUAAAAUCAUGUGGAUACAGGUAAGGAGCUUCAUUUAAUGCUCACAUCAACCAUCAGAAUGGGGAAAAAAUUGAAUCUCAGUGAUUUCGAUUGUGGCAUAAUGGGCUGGUUUGAGUAUUACUGUAAUUGCUGAUUUCCUGGGAUUUUCACGCACAACAGUCUCUAGUUUACUCUAGAUUACCAAAACCAAAAAACAUCCAAUGAGCGCCAUGAGAUGAGAGAGGUCAAAGGAGAAUGGCCAGACUGGUUCGAGCUGACAGGAUGGCUACGGUAACUCAGAUAAACACUCUGUACAAUUGUCGUGAGCAGAAAAUCAUCUCAGAAUGCACAACAUAUCGAACCUUGAGGCGGAUGGGCUACAACAGCAGAAGACCAUGUCGGGCACUUUAUUAGGACCAUUGUGUUCCUAAUGAAGUUCUAAGUGAGUGUAUACUGCAUACUACCAGUGCUGGGUAAGUUACUGUAAAAAAGUAAUUAAUUACUAACUACUAAUUACAUCUACAGUGUAAUUAGAUUACUGUACUAAUUACUCUGUCUGAAAAGUAUUUUCGUUACUUAUUACUAAUUACUUUUAAAAAACCCAUAUCAACCUCGACCAGAUGAACAAUACAAGGAUAGACAUGAAACUAUUCUUUUAAUUCUUUCAAAUAAAUCAUAUAAAAUCACGUAA